AUGAAUGACUCAGAUGAAAAUACAAUAAAUCCACACUCGAAGAUACAACUUUUGAAUGAGAAGCUGGCUCCAUCCGACGGUGGCGAGAGGAACAAAUCCGUGAGAAAAUUCACCUUCAGAGAUCUCGCCGCGCCCACUCACAACUUUAGGGAGUCGAAUCUAAUCGGAGAAGGCGGCUUCGGGAGAGUCUUCAAAGGGCGACUCGAUUCAGACCAGAUUGUGGCCAUCAAGCAGCUUAAGCAGGAUGGUUAUCAGGGGAGCAAGAUCACUGUGACCUUAGAGGGCCCCUUCUCAAAGAGGCACUUUGCAUCGUGUUCUCAAGAAAAAGAUAGUUUAGAGGUCAAUACUAUUCAUCUUAGAAAGCCAUUUGCUGCAGGGAUUUGUGAACUGACCAAUCAAAAAAUGGAAUAUGCAAAGGGGCUCACGUACUUGCAUGAUGUUGCAAACCCUCUCGUAAUUUACAGGGAUAUGAAGGCGGCAAACAUGUUGUUGGAUGAAAACUUCAACCCCAAGCUGUGUGGACACUACAAGAAGCUUGCCCCUGAAUAUGAAAAGCUUGGAUCGAGCUUUAAAAAGGCUAAAUCUGUUUUGAUUGGGAAGAUUGUUCUUGAUGUAAAUAAAGAUGUUCUUGUUGAAUUCUAUGAUCCAUGGUAUGGAGUUAGUGGUUAUCCUACCUUGAAGUUUUUUCCCAAGGAAAACAAAGCUGGUGAAGAUUAUGAGGCUGAACGGGAGUUGGAUGAUUUUGUUAAAUUUAUUAAUGUGAAAUGUGGCACUAGCCGUGAUGCGAAUGGUCAACUUACUUUCCAGUCCGUAGUUGUAUAUGAUAGUUACUAUCUUGUCUAA